AUGGCUCGUCAGGAGCAACCUGGGGAUCGCGGGAGCGACGAGGCCGAGAGGCUGCAUCCAGACGGUCCGUUUGAAGCCAAUCACAUCAACGGCCAAGCUAACGGCCAUGCGGAGAGUCAUGAAGGGAGUCGAAUGCUAAACGGAGAUUCUCACGUCGUGGUUGACGUUGACGUUCGAGGACGUGCGCUACAAGGUACAAACCGCCAACGCGGGCUCGUUGGACCCGCCACUUCCUUCAAGGACGUGCGCUACAAGGUUCAAACCGCCAAGGCGGGUUCCUGGGAUCCGCGCCACUCCUGUCUCCCCACGCUCCCGGCCCUCCCCGCGGUGCUCACCUCCAAGCGCGGGGGAACCGCAGGCGGGGGAGGCGCUGUGGGAGGCGCUGGGGGAGGCGCGGAAGCGGGGGCGGCGGGGAAAGCGGGCGCGGAGGUGCGGGAGAAGGAGAUUCUGCACGGGAUAAGCGGGAGUGUGGCGCCGGGGGAGGUGCUGGCGAUGAUGGGGCCGUCGGGGGGAGGCAAGACGACGUUUCUGAACGUGCUGGGGGGGCGGUUCAAGCAGGGCAACAUGGCGGGCACGCUCACUUACAACGACCUGCCUUAUAGCAAGGCGCUCAAGAGAAAGCUCGGCUUCGUGAAUCAGGAUGACAUCUUCUUCCCGCGCCUCAUUUUGCGCGAGACCCUCAUUUACGCUGCUGUGCUGCGCCUGCCCAAGGAGCUCACCUCCCUCUCUCCCUCUCCCUGGUUCCCCCUUCUGCUUCUCUCGCUGGGCUUCGUGACUCAGGACGAUAUAUUCUUCCCUCACCUCACGGUCCGCGAGACCCUCAUGUAUGCUGCUGUGCUGCGCCUGCCCAAGGAGCUGAGCUGGGCGGACAAGGUGCAGCGUGCUGAUGAGACCAUCACAGAGCUGGGGCUUGAUAAAUGUCGCAAUACAGUGAUUGGAGGGCCAUUCCUCCGCGGCAUAUCCGGGGGGGAGCGCAAGCGAGUGAGCAUCGGGCAUGAGAUCCUCAUCAACCCCUCCAUGCUGCUGCUCGAUGAACCCACGUCUGGUCUCGACUCUACCACGGCUCUCCGCAUCAUUCAAGUCAUUCAAAACCUCGCCAAAUCGGGCCGAACCGUUGUUACUACCAUUCACCAGCCGUCCUCCAGGCUGUUCCACGCGUUUGAUAAGCUGCUGCUCUUAUCGGAGGGCAACGCGAUUUUUUUCGGGCAGGCUGCGGACGCGAUGGUGUAUUUUGGGCGGUUGGGAUUUGAGCAGCUGUUUGCGAUGAACCCGGCGGAUUUCCUGCUGGAUUUGGCGACGGGGACGACGGCGGAUGUGCGGUUGCCGGGUGUGUUUGGGGAGAGCGAGGAGUGGCAGGAGAAGAGCGUUCUGGAGCAACAACACGACGUCAAGGAGGUGACAGCGCUGGGCUUCAUAUGUGGCAUGCUGUGGUUUGGGUCAGAGCGCAACACUGCCACAGAGAUUCAGGACCAGGUCGGACUGCUCUUCUUCAUCUCCAUGUUCUGGGGCUUCUUCCCUCUCGUUGCCGCCAUCUUCACCUUCCCCCAGCUGUAUGACCUCCCCAUGGAGUGGCUGCUCCCCACGCUCUUCCUCCUCAUCGCCUACUUCAUGGCUUCCCUCAAGCUCACUGCCGGGGCCUUCUUUGGUCUCCUCUUCUCAACCUACCUCAUAGUGACCACAGCUCAGGUGGGUGGGGAUGUGUGGUUCGGUGCAGUGCUCUUUCCUUCUCCCGUGAGUCAUGUCAUGUGCCUUUGUCCGGUGCUGCUGCUCCCCUCCCCACGCUCUUCCUCCUCAUCUGCUACUUCAUGGCUUCCCUCAAGCUCACUGCCGGGCCUUUUUCGGACUGCUCUUCUCAACCUACCUCAUUGUCACCACGGCUCAGGGCUGCGGGCUCUGUUUGGGAGCAGCAGUGAGGACGUGAAAGUCGCAACGUUCAUGCUGGCAGGAGGAAACUACCGGCAAACCAUCCCCGCCUUCUAUGCUCUCAUGCAUGCUCUCCCGUCGCCCUCUUGCCUCAUGU